AUGGCAUCGAGCCCAAGAACUGCCCCCGAUAUUGGGGGAUUCAAUGCCCAAGAUUGUCAAUUCAUCUUCGAGUGCCUUAAAAAUCUUGAUGACAGCAGGACUGUCAACUUGACCAAUGUUGGAGCGGUAUUGGGAUACACCAACACUGCAUCUGUUGGUAAUAGAUUCCGGGCAAUUCGCAAGCGGUACGGCUUUAUAAACCUCGAGGCUACUGCUAAGCCGGCAAAUGGGAGCACCGUCCUAAGCGGUCCUGUGCCCUCUACCACCCCUGGCCAAGGCAAGGGAAAUGGUUCCAGUGCAGGAAUAAAGAAGAGCAUGGCCAAGGCCGAAGAACCUGAAAAGGCCGUUAUCCCAGAUGACUCUGAGGCGGAGGUUAUCAUAGCAGCCAAGGGUCCUAAGACUAAGGCAAAGUUAUCACCCAGAAAAGGGACCAGAAAGGGAGCAAAAGUAACCUCUCCCCCCAUCCCAGCAACUGGCGUGGGGGCUUCUAAAGGCGAGAGCCCUCCUCAGGCCCUGCCCGCAGUGAAAGCGAAAGUCGAAGAUGAGAUCGUGCAGGAUGAAGGAAUCGACGUUAAUCUUCUUAGUGCGGUUAAUAAUGCCAUCGAUGAUUUUAGGGACAGCGGCUUCGGAGCUGUUUAG